UUUAUUUUUUAUUUAACAACAGGAAAUUAUAAAAGAACACCAAACUGCGGGGAAUCCAUCCCCCCCAGGAGAAAUCUGGAAUAAAGUGGGAAGGGGGCUACAGGCUGGGCUUUGGUGCCGAUGAUGCCAUGCAGGGGAGAACCUGGAGAUAGAAAGAGGUGAACAGUGCCAGCUGGCAGCACCUGCUGCAUUGCUUCAGAUUAAACAGUUUUUAAUUUGCUAGGAGGAAGGAGGGAGGAAAGGUGUGUGAGUUGGUUGGUUGGUUGGCUGGUUGGUUGGUUGGUUGGUUGGUUGGUUAGUUGGUUGGUUGGCUGAUUAGUUGGUUGGUUGGCUGGUUAGUUGGUUGGUUGGUUGGUUGGUUGGCUAGUUAGUUGGUUGGCUGCCAGCCGGCCAGCCUAAGGAAUGCGGAUGUUCUAAGUGCUCAUAUUUGCAGAAAUUUUCAAGGCAUGUCUAAAAAUACUUUUGAGUGCUUUUCCACACAGGACACGGCAGUCUGUGUUAAUACUGGGCAGGGAAAACGUACAAAGAGUCGCUUAAGAAACAAAGCGCAACCGAGCCGACACUCUUCCCGGUGUAUUGUAUCAGCGUCAGAGGAGACACGGUCCGUUUACAUCUUGCAGCAUAUCCCCCUGCGCUCCUCGAGUCGGGGCCGCGGCUCUUUGCGCUCGUAGACGUGGAUGCCGGCGUACCUUUGCGGAAGAAUUCGUCGGCGGCGCGAUUCCUUUUCGGGCGCGUGCGCAAGCGAGGACCUAGGCAGUCAACAAGGGAGACCAGGAAGGAGGCGCUCUGGAAAUUCCUCGGAGGCGGGGAGGAGAGGCGCGAGGCCCCGCCCCUUCACGAGAGGGGGCGGAGUCUUGGAAAGGCUUUAUGUAGUCCUGCCGGGAGCUGCUACGCUCAGAGCUACCGAGAGCAGAGGGCGCCUCCGAGCGAAGGACGGCAGCGAGAGAAAGAGGUGAGCGCUGCUUUCUCCCGUCUGGGAGCCGGAGGGUCUUGGGCAGCUCUCAGUGCUGAGUAGGGGGAGGGCAGCAUUGUAACGUGCAUGGGAAAUAUUUAAGGUCUCGGAAACAGGAACAUUUAUCCGUGACUGUGAUGGAGAAACUGCGUCGUUGUCUCCCACCCUAGCCCCAUUUCGGAGGUGGCAGCCCCCUCGCUUCCUCCCUUGAUGUCCUUCGAUCUCCGCUCCGCCUGGGAUUUUUUCCUCUCAUCCUUAUUUGCGGAGGUCAGCUAUGCUGCGGAGGGAGAGAGCGCAUCCCUGCUACUUACUCCCUGCUCACCCCGAUCCACCUUGUGUAACGUCGAAGAUCUCGUAUUUUGUCUCCGGGUGGGGAAAUAUGAGUGGACCAGCCCUGACCCCGUCGGUGUGGAGGGGGAUUCGCUUUCGCUCCCCACCCUGCUUUGGUUUCCCAGCGUCCAGGAGACGUCGCCUUCCCUCUUCAUCCCUUGAGCCACCUGUUCUUUCCAUCUCUAGCCACUCCCUUAGACAGCCUGGAGAGCUUCGGCGUGGCUUUUCGCCUUCACCUCGGAAUUCUCCCACCUGCUGACGAGAGGAGAUGGCAAGGGGACCCUUAAAAUGGGUUCGGUCGGUUUUUGGGGGGUACGUGCACCUCCCCGAAGUGCGCGAUGGUGGUGCCGUCCAUCGCAAUUGGAGGAGCCUGGCGACUCCUCCGCUCGCUGUCCAAACACGACGGCAUUGUUUGUUCAGAUUUGCGUGUUGCUUAUGUAUGUCACCCUGUUCCUGAAGACUCGGGGGGGGGGGCACAACCUGAGCGCUUAACGGGAGGGGAGAGGGGCAGCGAUGCGCGCUCACUUGCGCGUAACCAGCCCUGAUCAUGCACACCGAAACCAAAAACGUCUCGGGUAGGUGCUACGCCUACUACUAAUCAGUUGUUGACAGAUGAGCAGACUGACGCUCCCCAAAAGAAGCGCGGAGCGGCCAGUGCGGGUGAGGAAGCGGUACAUUGUUUUGCUGGGUGACGAGUUACUUUAUCUGUGCGCCUUUGCAGGGAGGUGCCUGUGUUUGUCUGUCUGAGUCAGGUAGCGGCUGGAGAGCUGUCGGGGCAGAAGUCUCGGGCCCCGCUCAGCGCAAGGAGCAGGAGGGCCUUGCAAAGCAACCUUUGGAAGCGAGGGUGAACAAUUGGAGAGGGCGCGGGGUGGGGCAGAGAGAAGGGAGAGCACCUUAGGACCAUGAAAGGAUCUGGGCUUCAUCGCACCGCUUGGGUAAUGGCGAUGCCCCACGCAGCCCAAGCCCUUGGUGGAGGGUUGCGGGUCCUUCCUGCGCCUUGCGAGAGGGGGCGCUGUCGAGCCGGCAGCCGGACGGUGACUUUGCACGGCCAGGAGAGCCUGCCGGGGCAUGUCCCGGCUUGCAGGAGGCGGCGACUACCGCUCGGCUUUGCGGGGGGGGGGGGGAGGUAGUCAGGCGGCGGCUGUGACUCAGUGGCAGUCACUCGCUCGCUCCCCGCCGGGGCUGAUGUAAGAGGGCCAGGCCAAGCCCUCGAGUGUUCCCGGGGCAGCCGCCCGGCGGGGCUGCCUUUCCUAUAGUAGGGGGUAAAAAAAGAGAGGAGGCUGCGGGUUUUCGCUUCGCUCGCCGAGCCUGAAGACAGGAAGAGGCGGGGGGGGGGGGAGAGAAGCCCCGCCUGGGUGGAACUUGCAAGACGCGCACGAGCUGAUUUUUGACUCUCCGCCCAGCCCGCCGCGAUGUUCUGUUCUCUCGGGCCGGGAACUCCUUGUUCCCAAGCCGAGUUUUAUUUUUGUGCUUGUUGUGCUCACAGGAGCGUCACUCAGCCCCAUUACGCCGCUUUGAAAGAGGCGCGCGCAAACCCGACGCUGCGCUGCAGGAGGAGGAGGAGGAGGAAGCGGCUGGACAGAGACCUCGGUGGGGAGGAGGAGGAGGAGGAGGAAAAGAACAAAAAAACCCCCAACAUCUUCCUCCACCCCCCCCCGAAAAAACACGCUAGAGGAGCAGUUCUUUCGUUUACGCGGCUUGAGCAGACGAAGCCCGAUUUUGCGAACUGCUGUGCGUUUCCAGCCACUUUUUCCCUCCUAAAAGGCGCGGGGGCCCCCCGAAACAGCUUCUUGGGGUGGGAUUUCCGCCCCCCUCGCCUUUUUGAGCCCAAAUCUCCAGUUAUGCGCUUUUGCCAACUGCUAUGGUUCUCACCCCCCUCUUUUUCUCCUUUUGGGGGGGGGUAGGUGGAAGGAAGCGCCUUGAAACCGGCCCCCAAUCCGCCGGAUGCUUGUUGGAGGGGGCGGCGAGGCGGGGCCGUAGUAAGUUGUCUGGGGGCCGUGUUUGUUUCCCUGCCUGUGGCAGAACUAGGUCUGUGUGGCAAGCGCGAUUUCGCAACUUCCCUCCCCCCUCCCUCCCCCACAGCGCGGCACGUGACGCAGCUGCUGUGGUGCCAGAUGACGUAAUCCCGGGGCGAGCGCCGCGAGCGUCUCGCACACCUCCUGGGCUCCUCCUAUUACGAUAAGCAAGUCCUGUUUGCUUUGCUCCAGCCUUGGGGGCCGAAGGAGCCCGAGCUCCCUGAGCUCACCCUGUGCCCGGCAGGCGGAGCAGCUGAUCGCCAGCGAGACAGGCCACCAAGCGGUCGGGAUUGUUUUGCAACUGGGAGAGACGCUCCUCUGAACUACGCGCAGGGUUUUUAAGCUACUGUUUCAACAACAGUGGUGACCUACAUUGUGAUUGGCUGGCUCUUAACCGGCAACCACCAAAGCAUGUUUGCAGGAUAAAUAGGAAAUACUAGAAUGCGGCGCUGUGUUUAGUAAGGUGGCCGACUUAUGCGCAAGCCCCUCUGAAAGAGAGUGUGUAUUGUCUGCAGAAGGUCUCUGGAUCCCUUCCUGGCACCUCCACCUAAGGCUGGGAAGGACUGCUGUCUGAAAAGCUGCUGUCAGAAAGUGAAGACACUGCUGAUUUGGGUAGGCUAAAUAUGGGCCUUCAGCAGCUGUUAGACAGUGAUUUUGUAGCUGCAGCCUCCAUCCCAAAUGCAGAAUCGAGCAAACUGCCUAGUCCUUUCCAGCAGCUGUCUAAGGUAGCGCCUGUGCAAUGGCAACAGAGCAACUCUAGCUGUGAUCUCAAGUAAGAAGUGAAUAAGAAAGAUCUUUGAAAAUUAACAUCCAGGGUUGACUUUCAGGACCUUGGGGGUGCAGUUGCUGCAAGAAAAGCAUUUUAAAACAUUGGAUUGUAUGAGUUGAUUUCUAGCCUCUAGCUGAUUCUGUGUGUGUGUGUCAUAGCUGUCAACUUUCAGAUUUGAAAAUAAGGGAUCAGCAGCCACACCUGUCCCGGGCACAGUCUAACAAUCCGGGAUAGCAGCACGAAGCAGUGGGAAACGACACUAGAAUAAGGGAAUUUCCCACAAAAAAAGGGAAGGUUGACAGCUAUGGUGUGUUUGUGUGUGUGUAUGCAUGAACCAAUGUGCAUAGCAUUCAAUUUGACAACCCACUGCAAAAGUUGCUCUUUGAACCUUUUGUGGUGGUUUUGCUAGAGACGUGGUGGCACUUUCCUGUGAUGCGAGUGAAUUGUUUGCCUGCAUGCAAUCCAAUGUGUUUAAGACUGGAAAGGGGACACUGUCUCCUCAAUAGAGGAUUAGUUAACAAACUAUGUGAAUUCAUAGAAUUGGCUAAAAUGACAGCAGCUGUUAGACUUCACUCGAAUCAAAAACCUAAGAAGGAAUGGAAUUGCUUAGAAGAAUAUAUGACAAAACAUCGUUCCAAAACGAAUUUAUUGAUAUGCAUGGACUAACUUCGUAAACAUGUGAAAAAAUUAUUGUAAGAGGGUUUUGAGAGCCAAAGUAACCAAUAUACCGUAUUUUUCGCACCCAACCAUAACACGCACGUAGUUUUUAGAGGAGGAAAAUCCGUAGGCAUGCCACCCGUAGGCAUUUCCUCCAUAACAUGCACAGACAUUUCCCCUUACUUUCUAGGAGGAAAAAAGUGAGUGUUAUGGUGCAAAAAAUACGGUAUAUAACACAAUGACUAGCUCAAUAUAUAUCAAAGGAUGUCGAGCUGUGGUGGAGGGAAGUCACAAUAGAAUGAGAUUGACACAAUGGAAAAUGGGAAUUUUAUCAAUGUAAUAUCUUACACUGUAUAUUCUGUAUACUUUAGAGCAUAUAUUCCAUGUUAUAAUAAUUAAAUGAAAUAAAGAUUUAAAACUCAAUGUGUUUAAGGCUGCUGCAGUUACUGUGGUCACAGAAAUAGCCUUGACUCUUCUCUCUCACCAAGAGGAAGAAGCAGUUCAGAACUUGCAUGGCACCAACUUUUGCAGGGUGAGCAGCUGAGGGGACUCAAGGUGCCUUGUGGGCACUCUGCUCCAGUGGCCUGAAGUGGCAACUUAACAAGAUAUCAAGUUGAGGCCUGCCCUCGGCAGCCACGCUACCUGCCAGGACUUGUUCUGGUAUGCCUAAACCUCUCAAUGAUGUCAUUCAGCAUAGCUGUUUAUAAAGAGAGCAUGAAGGCUGCUGCUAUUUUUAACCUCUUUGCCUCUUCCCAAGCCUGAACACUGGAGGAAAGGCAGCCUUGCAAACACAUUGGCCAGUGUAGGUGGUGGUGGUGGUCUGGAAAUAUACUCUCUAGACAAAACACAGUCCACUUAAGCAUCCUGGUAACCCAAACCUUAUAAACCCAAAUGUGUGUAUGCGCAGUAAACCUUAGAGGUGACUUCACACAAGAUGCUUAAAUUGAUCUACAGUGUGAUGUCAAGAUGGGUCAUUAUUUGGCUGCAUUCAUGUCUCUCACUAAUGCCAUUCAGCACUAGAGAAAAUGUGUAAUGAUGGUGUGGGAGGGCCUUGUAUUGAUGGAAACUCUGUCUUCCUUGAUGGCCUUGAGAUCAGCUUUGUAUGCGAUAUGGAUGGAUGAAAGGGGGGCAGGGCAAAGGUCAAAAUGCUAAGAUUAUGUGGGCCAAAGGCAUCAGAUUUGAUGAAGCCAGGAACCCCAACUCAACUGUACAGACCUGUGUGUGUGUGUGUGUGUGUGUGUGUGUGUUGAAUCCUGAACAGUCCGUGAUGCCCAAGUCCAUUAGCAGCUGGUGACUUAACAUUUUAUUGUAAAUUGUAGCUAGUUCUACACUGCAUAUGCACAGCAGGUGGUGUUUGGCCACAUUCAGUGCUAGAAGUACAUGAACAGUGCAAUCUUUCAUGCACGUUAACAUGAGAGAAAGUCACACUGCAUUCAAUGCAGCUUGCUCCCCAGCCUUUCAAGGCUGGAGAUCUAAAACAAUUCUUGGCAACAAAAAACUUCAUAGAAGAACUGGUAAUGCUCAGAAGCCUCUCCCAAACAGGCAAAACAUCUACACCCUCCCUCCCAAAAUAAAGCACAGAAAAAAGGAGGCAACUUCCCCAACCCCCCUCAAUUUUUUUAAAAAAACAUUUUAGAGUGGGGGUGAGGGCUUGGGUCUGAAGGUGCUGUAGUGCCCAGGUGCCAUGUUGAGGACCGUAGCCCUAGGAAGUGUGUUUAGGAUUGCAGCUUUUGCAAUACAGUGGUACCUUCAGGUUACAUACGCUUCAGGUUACAGACUCCGCUAACCCAGAAAUAGUACCUCGGGUUAAGAACUUUGCUUCAGGAUGAGAACAGAAAUCGUGCUCUGGCAGCGCGGCAGCAGCAGGAGGUCCCAUUAGCUAAAGUGGUGCUUCAGAUUAAGAACAGUUUCAGAUUAAGAACGGACCUCCAGAACGAAUUAAGUACGUAACCAGAGGUACCACUGUAUACUCUACUGAACUCAAGGUCUUCCUGUGCAGCCAUGUGCUUUUUAAAAGAGGCACUUGGACAUCCUAGGACUGUACCGAGACAACUGUGGGUGUAUUUUCUAUAUAAAGAUUGGGUUCUGACUCUGUCCUUCUGAAUCAUCCAGAUUUGGGCAAAUGUGGACUAUUCCUUCAGGGUGCUCCUAUGCUCCUUUAUUAGGUCUCAUAUCAGUACAGCCGUACCUUGGUUUACGAACUUAAUCCAUUCCGGAAAUCUGUUCUUAAACCAAAGCGUUCUUAAACCAAGGCGUGCUUUCCCAUAGCAGCAGGGGACUCAAUUUACAAAGGGGACACACUCAACAUGUUCUGCUUCCAAGGCAAAGUUCACAAACCAAAACACCUACUUCUGGGUUUGCAGUGUUUUUUUAUCCAAAUUGUUCAUAAACUAAGCUGUUCUUAAACCAAGGUACCACUGUUUAAAAACAUAACUAACCAACACAAUCAAGAUUCUGUACAGAUACUAUCAUUUGGAAUGAGUGUGUACAAACUGACAAAACACUUUUAUGCAACGCAGUUCACCUGCAUCCAAUUGUCUGGAGGGGAUCAAUAAAUAGUGGAAAGAUCUGAUGUGGAAGAUUCUGCUUCACGUUAGGCCAACCAUAAAACUGCAAGUGCUGUUCAUAGAAAACAUGGGACUGCCUCCUUGAGUGUGUUCAAUGUGCCCAAUGAUAACUGCUGUGGCAAUGCUUUCCUAAUUUAACAAGAGUUGUCUGAUGGAUGACUGCAUGGAAAUAAUUAUGUGGGAGAAAGGGAGUACUAAAAAUGGAACACCGCCAACUAGAUCUUGGCUUGCAACCCCUUUUUAAUCUCCAAGGAGCUCUACUACAUGUAGCUAUUGGGUAGCUUUCUUCUUGGUUGAAGGCUGUGGUUCAAAGGGUAGGGAUGAUGAGGCUUGUGUGUACAGUGCAAAGAGCAGCUUUCUUGGUGACGUUGGCAGUUACUCAGAGGAAUCCUUAGCCGUUUCAAACGUCAUCUGAAUGAUGUUCUCCUGGCUGAGAAUUUCCCUACAGAUUCCAUCCCUAGUUUUAUGUUGCUCAGUUCUUUCAAAGGUAAGGCCUGUUAAAACCGUUGGGCCCAACUUGUUGGUUUAUAUAUUCAAUUGUUGGUUUAUAUAUUCAAUUUAUUUGCUACUUCUUAAUGUCAACUGAAAUCUCCCAACAAAAAGGAAUCGAAUACAAUACAAAUUCCUUAUUCAAAAGUAAACAAUAUUCCUAACCACCACCACCACCAUAAUUCUUCAUUUGGAUAGUGUUCUUGAAGCUACCAGCAUGAGUUUGACCAAAUUGCGGGAGGCAGUGGAAGACAGGAGUGCCUUGCGUGCUCUGGUCCAUGGGGUCACGAAGAGUCGGACACGACUAAACGACUAAACAACAACCACCACCAAAUAUAUAUCUAAACAAUGUACAUAAGUAAAGUGACUAAGAAUGCCUAAUUAACAGUUAAAAAUUCCUAACUGUUAACCAAAAAAGCUUGAUAGUGUCAUGGCUUCAGCCCUGGAGGUGUACUUUAUUGUCUCUCAAGACAACUCUGAUGCCAACAAUAACAGUCACCUAUACAUUCACUCUAACAGGAACUAUUCUAAGCACUCAACCACCACAUACACAAUCGCACAUGCACCAUUUCACUCAGUCCGCUCGAUUCUCACUUCAUUAAAAAUUGCCGUGGUCCUUUUCUAUAUGUACUGCAUUUUUCACAAGUAAAUCUGCGCUCGAAGCAGUUUAUGGAAAAUAUAGUAACACAGUAACAGUACAUAAUAAGACAUAUACUUGCUGAAACAUAACACUAAAAAUUAAUAACAAUUAACUGUUAACAAUAUAUAAACAUUAUGCUGUUGAGUUCUUUUGAUUAGGCCUUGCUGCUGGUCUUGCUGCCAUUAGGAGGUGUGGUUGGUCAGUGACUUGGGACAGGGUCUCUUCUGUAUUGGAACCAAGCUACAACAUUUCCUCCCCUGGAGGCUGGUCUUGCUUCCACCUUGAAGGCCUUUCAUUGUGCUGUCAAUGCUGAUAUUUUUGCCAAGCUUUUGACCUAGUAAAAUUAGCUUUGCCAUGGCAUUUAAAAAAAAUAAAUCAAUUUAUUUUACUUGCUGAAUUGAUUUAUAAGUUUUAUUGUUAACUUAUAACUGUUAUAGGUGGCCUGUAACUUUCCUUAAAACAUGUUGCUUGUAUUUCUCCUAGCUGGAAACAUGCCUCUGUCUAAGGGCAACCUCCUUCGGUCUCCCUGCAGCAGGAAGCUUUGCAGAAACCUCUUUGGACCAGUCGAUCAUGACCAGCUUCAAAAGGACUUCCAGUCCUUGAUGAAGGCCCAGCUGGAGGAGGCUCAGCAGAAGUGGAACUUUGACUUUGAAUCAGAAACUCCACUUGAAGGGGACUAUAAAUGGGAAAAGGUCUCUCAUCUAAACAGGUUGCCUUCUCAAGAUCUGCUGAGCCCCACAAAGGAAAACAGUUGUGCCGGUGAAAAGAGCUUGAGCUCCUCCCCAGUGCUUCUCAAGAUGCACACAAAGACAGACAGGCCAACGCAAGUGGGCUUUGAGGCUCGCAAGUCUUCCAAGCGAAAGCAGACAACUAUCAAAGGUAAGGAGCUGCCAGCUUUGUUUGUCUUCUGUGUUUACAUUUGCAGAGAGGAGGGUAGAAUUACCGGUAAUGGCCAAAGCUGCCCUGGACGUGGAUUUCACUUCUGUGAAAUUGCAUUUGUUUCAAAUUCACCAGUUGAAUUCUGAACCUGAGCUCAAAAUUGGAAUUUCAUAUUGGGAAUUUUGAUUGUCUUGUCAUCAGUUUAAGAGGAAGUUUUCUUAUACGCCCCCCCCCCCCAAAUUAAAUACUAUAUUUUAAACCAACCCUUCAUCCUGAAGGUUCCCAGGAUGCGGUCGAACAUUUAAAAUAAAAUUGACCACAUAGCUAUAGAAGUUUAAACCAAAUAGUCACAUUUAGUAACUAUUCCUUGAAACUUCAGUAGCAAAGAAUCCAGCAGAAUGCAACCUGUAGUCAUAUUGAUGGUCUUCAGCUGACAAGUGAAAAACCAAUAACAGGACAAAUAUCUGCUAGGAGGGAAUUCCACAGCUAAGCUGCCAUGAUUGAGAGCGUUGCACCAACCAAACAAAGCACCACUGUUGACAAGAUAACCAGCACAGUCUGUCCUGCAAAUCUUAAACCAGGCUUCCUCAACCUCGGCCCUCCAGAUGUUUUGAGACUACAAUUCCCAUCAUCCCUGACCCACUGGUCCUGCUAGCUAGGGAUCAUGGGAGUUGUAGGACAAAAGCAUCUGGAGGGCCGAGGUUGAGGAAGCCUGUCUUAAACCAUGGGCUUGCAAGGCACUCCUUCAUGUACAUGACUCUCAAGUUGUGGGACCUUGAAGUAAGCUCACUUGAAUACCAUGGAACUUCUGGGUAAACAUUCAUAGAAUUGCGCAGUUACGGUUGUGUUGGGAACUCCAGGAUCUUGGCUGGUGAUUGCCUUGCAGUCUCUGAGCAGACUGCUCUUGGGCAUGAAUGAAUAUCUCCCAGGCACUCACACUGACACUCCCUUGGCUGGCAUGUUCAAUUUGUCCUUCUGCUCUUUUCCAGACUUCUACAGCUCCAAGCGGAGAACUGUCCCCUGCAAGUCAGACCCAUGAUAACUACACUGCAAGCAAAAUGCAUCCACGCAGUCUCUGGGCUAAAGGAGCUGACCUGCCUUCACCGCUAUUAGCUGGAAUGGCCGACUUGGACACGACACUCAGUGCAGGCAGCAGACUUGACUGUUUGAAGGAGCAGCUAGUUAGAGUAAUGACUUCUGCUCUGAGGCUCUUACUUUACAUAAAAACUAUGUAGCGGACUAGUGUAACACUUCAGAAGGAUGUAGAGUUAUUUUCCUUAUUUAUGAUGGCACUGGAGCUUUAUGUGCAAUGGAAUAUAUUGUAAAGCCUUAUCCUAAAAUAGACUUAAGUUGCUGGGGGAGAUGCUUAAGCAUGAUGGCAAGAGGGAAGGAUCAGUGCAAGUACUGCUUAUGGCUGAGAGCUUUCACACACCUGUCUCAGGUAUGAGUCACUUUGCAGGUGCAAGGUCUGAAGGAUUGUAUUUUCCUAGGUCUGUGAUCUUGCUCUCUCUCUCUCUCUGUUGUUUUUUGUCCUGCUAGGUUUAAAGGAAUAUGGUGAGGGGGGAAGAAAAAAGACUUCCAAUCCAGAAAGCUAAUCCGUUCAUUUUACAAAGAUGAAGAUCUUCCUAUUGUGGGCAGUAGUAUCACAAAACAGUACCAUUACUGUUGCAGGAAGGAUUCCAUUAUCAGACAAUACUGGAUAGUGUGUGAGCACUGUAACUUCCUUCCCCUUCCUAAAACAAUCGAAUAAUACUGUUGACUCAAGUCAUGCAAAUAACACUAGCCUUAGGGGGGAAAUGUAGCCAGUGGGAACCAGAAGUUUGAGCUCAGAAAUAUUACUCUACUUCUGCCAUGCAGCCUGUAGGCACAUAUUGCCAGCAUAGCGACUCAUCCAUCCUUCGACAGCAUACAGCCUUUGGUAUGGUACUAAUUGGUGAGAAUAUUGUGGGAUUUGGGUUCCCAGUGAGUGCUAGCGAGGCUUGAUAAGACAUGCCCAUGGAGUUUCCAUUGCCUCUGGAAACAUGGUUCACUUGUGACAUCUCUCUCUAGUAUGAAAUAAUGAUAAAGGAUUUACCUUGUGUUUGCUUUCCAUGCUUUCUGCAGCUACCUGUGAUCUUGCCAGCUUUCCUUUACCCUUUUAAAAUUGGAAAGUAAAUUGCUUAAAGCUUAAGCACAUCUACUUGGUGCAAGAAAAUUAAACUCACAUCUGUUCCUGUCUGAAUUUGGGACUGAUAUUUCGGUCUUACUGGCAUCUUAUUGUCAAAAGCACCACCUGUUAAUAUUGGGUGCAGUGUUUAACACUGGAAUCUGAAAUGUAGCCUUUUGCCAUGUGCAAGUCAAAUCAGCCUUUCAUGUGAAUCAUCACUAUGUUCCAAGUCAAAUCUAACUUUGCCUUUAUUGUUCUACCCCUUUGCAAUGGGUUCUUUACUGCUGUGCUGCUGGAAUAGCACCCGCUGCUGAAAUCUUGAAUCUUUCAUCGCGGUGUGCUUUUUGGGAGCUAUUGCUUUAUUCCAGAGGCUGGAGCUGGGUUGGAACACUUGGACCUCCUGAGGAUCGCAUUUUAGUUAAACGAAGGGUGUGUCCCAUUUAACUGCAUCUGCUUUGCAAGAGCGGUGGGGAAAUCCCUACAGCCGUGAGAAAGGAUUAAUGCUAGCACAUUACUGACGGGCACAAUUUUGCCUUUGACAGACAACGCAGGAGGAUAUUCAUGCUUUGUUCGGCACCUUCAUCUUUUUUCCUCCAAGAAAAAGUUGGGUGUGGGGAGAUGUCAAGCACUUGGCCUAGUGGGUUGUUUGUUGUUAUAGGCCUGGGAUGGAGAGGGGGGGAAAAUGUAGCAGCUGAAAUUGGGAGUACUAUCAGCCAUACUGUAUUAGACUAGUUACAAACAACAACUGUGGCUUGUGAGCAAGAUGUUGGAAGAAGACCUAUCUUACCCAGAAGCACAGCUUCAGGCACUUCCUUAAGAUAGUAUGUUUGCCUGUGGAUUUCUGACCUUUCUAGAGUUGCCAUGGACAGGCCUGGCCACUUCGGACCACUGCACUUCUACAUUCAGGGUAAUGCGUAAUGCUAGGACUCUCGGCACUAAUCCAUUUGUUUGUGAAUAUAAUGCUGCUGAACUGACUUAAGUAUAGACCUUAAAAUAAAAGCUGUUUCAUAAUGGAGCAACACUUUUGUCUGAUUUAAUUGCAUGUGGGAUUGAUCAAGCUUGAAUUUUCUGGCUGGUGAGGGCUCUUUCCUUGGGGGUUGGUUAGUUUUUUUAAUGGAGAUAAUAGACAAAUGGAAAGACACUAUUCCUCCUACUAGUUGUGUAAGGCAAAGUGGGACAAAACCAUGGCAAAGGGCUGCCAUACCACCAUCAGGAAACACUGCAGAGGAUGCCAUAGGUGGCAGAGGUCAAAUUUGAUUGCCGAAUGCAUGCCGUGACUGUUAAUCCAUGCAUCGUCUAUCAAAUAUGAGCUGGAGAACUUAGUGGUAUUACUAUGCCAGCUGUCAGUCAGUUUCUUCUUUCCAUCCUUAGAUUACUAAUCUCUUGCAUGCUGAAGCAUCAUGGUAAUAGUAUUUGCUCUCUAUUGGUUGGAUUGUUGCAGUGCCUUGUAGAAUAUCCACAGGCAUUCUAAUUUCAAAGACCGAAAACCAUGUUUGCAAAAAUAUUUUAAGUUCAUGAAAGUGAAAGUUUUGGUGGUGAAUGCCACAAUAGGCCUAAGAACUUAAUGUAAGGGCAAAAAGAUAAGGAAGUUAAAACAGAUCCUAGAGCUUAUAGGAAACUAAAAGACCAAGAGUCAGAUACAAUGGUAAAAGUGUUUGAUGGGCAGGCUCUGAAUAGGCAGCAGGCUUAAAAAUGGGAGCCUUAAGGAAACCCAGAACAGAAGGUGGAGAGUAAAGAAAGGAGUGAGUUUAGAGAAAAGCCCAUACAAUUUUAUAGAUGCAGAAAUUAUUUCCAAUACUACACAUCUGAAAUCACCUGCCUGGCUGGAUGUGGGUAAUAAGAGUGCUAAGAGGUACAGUGGCUCUCCCCUACCAAUCUUUCUGAAAUUUGGCAGAAUGUAUCCUCUUAGGAAGGGUCACCAUGGCUGCUAUUUGCAUCCCAUUCUGGGCAGUCUUAAUUUACUCUGGAAGGCCUCUUUUGCCUGAAAAUUUCAUUCACUUAGGUGAAAAGGGGAAAAGGUUAAGUUAAAACCUUGGGUUAAGUACUUAAUUUGUUCCGGAGGUCCGUUCUUAACCUGAAACUGUUCUUAACCUGAAGCACCACUUUAGCUAAUGGGGCCUCUCUGUUCUCAUCCUGAAGCAAAGUUCUUAACCCGAGGUACUAUUUCUGGGUUAGCGGAGUCUGUAACCUGAAGCGUAUGUAACCUGAGGUACCACUGUAGUUGUUUUUAUAUUCAAAAAGAGUGAAAAAGCUUUGGAUUUAACAGUUCAGAAUUGGACCUGAAUUACAAAUUGGAAUGAUACAGUACAGAUCCAAAAGAGACUGGGUUGCUUCCAAACACUACAAAUAAAAGACCAAAUUUUGCGGUGGCAGCACACCACUAUUACCGGUAAUUGGUUUUUAUUCAUAUGUCCUUCAAGUGAUUAAAAAGCAGCUGUGAGUUGAUAUUUCCAAAUAUUCAAAGACAUAUCUAAGAAGCACUUUGCACACACAAAAGAGCAAUUGUAUUGGAUAAACAAAACAAUGUGUUUUUGGCAGUACACUGGCAGUACACUUACACAGGAUGAAAUAUAAACUACGAUAAUCUUGUAGUUUCUGUACUGUGAAGUGCUGCUCCCCAUGAAUGUGGGGUUGGGUUCAGAAAAGAGGCAACUGUUCUUAGAAAUGUGAUCCUGAAAAUACAUAGCAGAUCCUCUUCCUUUGUAGGAUGUUACUUGGAAUACAGACAACUAUUUGUUUGUUUAAAAAAGCCAGUUAACAAUGGCUAAUCAAUAUACAGAUAAUCUCAGCAGAAUUUGGCAGAAAAGAAAGUGGGUAAUUAAGUAGCUAGAUAUAUUUACAUACUUGCUUAAUGGAAUGGCAGUGGCUUUUUAUAGUCGCCUCUGACUAACCUAGGCUGAAGACCAAAAAACCCUUUGCUGCUGGUUUGUAUUCUAGGUAGCCACAAUAAUCUUGCUAACACAAUCACAUUUCUAUUUGCAAACCGUUCCAUAAACAAUUUUUACUGCAGGCUGACCUUUGAGCUUGUUCCACAUUUGUGAAAUGGCUCAAUGUAGGCCGUACUAUUGGUCUCCCAUUCAACAGCAAAACAUUUGCUGAUGCUUUAUAUUCCCGGAAAUAUGGCUUCUCCCAAGUAAAAGUGAAAACCAACUGUGUUUUGUGCAGCCAAUUUUAAUCUUGCAUUAAAUGUCCCAAGGCAACCAAUGCCUUUCCCAGAGAUCUGUAGGACAAACAGUUAAAAUAACGUGAGUGGCUGUAGCAUGCUGUUCUGGCUGAGCCCACAACAGAAAGAUGGGUUGAGCAAGAAGGAAAGUGACAACACAAAUGUCUCAGUUAUGCUGGUGAAAUCGGCCACCUUCUCCCUCCUCUGUGGUUGUGCCAACUUCCGCCUGCAAAAUAAAGGAACCGUCUCAUUUAAGAGGAGGUGUCCUGCUCUUUGCAGCGAGUGAGAACCCUGUAGAUGCUGGUGAAUGGUAAGUGCUUUUUAUGGUCUGGCUCAUGUUUUAGGGAGUGACAUUGUGAGUCGACGUAUUAGUUCAAGAACAAACAAAAAGGCUUUUCUUUAUUUUGGAGUUAGAUUUUAUUUUAAUGGUGGAAAUACUGAGUGCUAGGAGCUUCCACAAAGAAGCCUCUAAAGGUAAAGGUAAAGGGACCCCUGACCAUUAGGUCCAGUCGUGACCAACUCUGGGGUUGUGGCGCUCAUCUCACUUUAUUGGCCGAGGGAGCCGGCAUACAGCUUCCGGGUCAUGUGGCCAGCAUGACUAAGCCACUUCUAGCGAACCAGAGCAGCGCACGGAAACGCCGUUUACCUUCCCGCCAGAGUGGUACCUAUUUAUCUACUUGCACUUUGACGUGCUUUCGAACAGCUAGGUUGGCAGAAGCAGGGACCGAGCAAUAGGAGCUCACCCCGUCGCGGGGAUUCGAACCGAUCGGCAAGUCCUAGGCUCUGUGGUUUAACCCACAGCUCCACCUGCAUCCCUAAGAAGCCUCUAACAAGCAGCAAUUCAGCAAACACAGUUUUCCUUUGGUAUUGCAUUUCCAUGUGCUGAAUUUCUGCCUGCUGUGCAGCUGUUAAAAGCACAGAUCCCCUGAUUAAAAGUCAGUGGGGUGGAAUAGUGGUUGGAGUGAGGAUGGGAAGCCUGUGGUCCUCCAGAUGUUGUUGGACAACACCUCCCAAUACCUGUGACUAUUGGCCAUGCUGGCUAGGACUUAUGCAAUUUGGGGUCCCUGCACCUGUGUUGGUGUGGCAGAGUAGGAUGAGACCCAGGCUCAUCUCAGCUAAGAAGCUUUUGCUUGGGUGGCCUUGGGCUAGUCGCCAUCUCUCAGCCUAACCUACUUUGCAGGAUUGUGAGAAUAAAAUGGUGCACAAAAAGACAAAUGCAAGCCACCAGGAGCUCCUUGGAGGAAGCAUGGAAUAUAAGUAC